AUGUCUAAACAUCCGUUCUCUCCCUUUCUCAUUGGAUCGGCCUGUCGUCUGAGUAUUGCUGAUCAAUUCGCAAACUUCCUACUCAAUUCUCUCUCACUCUCUUUCAGUUUGUCUUUCUCUCCUUCUCUCGCACUCUCUCUCUCUCUCUUUCUCUCUUUCUCUCUUCCCUGUCACACUUAUUUUCUUUCUUUUGUUUUAUUUCCCCCCACCCUCUUCUUAAUCAUUUAUGAAUCAUUGCCCUUUUUUUCUUUCCUCUUUUCAUUUGCCAUUCUUAUACAUGGAACUUUUUUUUCCUUCCUAUCGACUUCAAUGUUUUUCUUUUUUCUUCUUUUCACCCUCAUCUUUUCUUUUCUCCUUUUUACUCUUUCGUCUUCCUUUCAUUUUCUUCCUCUUCUACUUUUUUCUUCUUCUUCUUCUUCUUCUUCUUCUUCUUCUUCUUCUUCUUCUUUUAUUAUUAUUAUUAUUAUUAUUAUUAACAAGAUUAUUAUUAUUAAUAUUAUUUCCUUGUCUUUUUCGUUUUUCUCUCCUGUUCAUCUGCCUUUCUCUACUUUUUCCCAUUUUUCAUUCUCGUUUGAUAUCUUAAAUUUUUCUUUCAUUAAUUUCAUUAGAGCUUUCAAUAUUUUCUUUUCUUCUCCUCUUUUCCUCACUUACCUCUCUUCAUACUUCACCCUCAUUUUAUUUUUUCCUAACUUUAGCAGUCACUUUCUUUCUUUCUUUCUUUCUUUCUUUCUUUCUUUCUUUCUUUCUCUCUCUCUCUCUCUCUCUCUCUCUUUCUUCCUAUCUAUCUAUCUAUCUAUCUAUCUAUCUAUCUAUCUAUCUAUCUAUCUAUCUAUCUAUCUCCUGUUCAUAUCUAUCUAUCUAUCUAUUUAUCUAUCUAUCUAUCUAUCUAUCUAUCUAUCUCAUCCUGUCUAUAUCUAUCUAUCUAUCUAUCUAUCCUGUUUAUAUCUAUCUAUCUAUCUAUCUAUCUAUCUAUUUAUACUUCCUCCCAUAUCUCUAUGUCUAUCUACCUCUGUCUCUGUAUGUCUGUUGGUCUGUCUGUAUGUAUGUAUGUAUGUAUGUAUGCAUGCAAGUAUCUAUCUAUCUAUCUAUCUAUCUAUCUAUCUAUCUAUCUAUCUAGCCCAGUCUCUUCAUUAUCUCUUUCACUCUGUUCCUCUCCGACCCUGUUCAUUUUCUAUCUAUCUAUCUAUCUAUCUAUCUAUCUAUCAUUCAUCUAUCUAUCUAUCUCAGUCUGUUCAUUAUUAUUCAUCUAUCUAUCUAUCUAUCUAUCUAUCUAUCUAUCUCAUCUCAUCUAUCUAUCUAUCUAUCUAUCUAUCUAUCAUUUCAUUAGUCUGUUCAUUAUCUAUCUAUCUAUCUAUCUAUCUAUCUAUCUAUCUAUCUAUCUAUCUAUCUGUGCCUAUGUGUCUAUCUAAUUUAUUUCUCUGUCGUGUUCUUCUUGACUCUUAUCUUACUCUUUGGUCACAUUCAUUGUCACUUCUCAUUCAUUUACUAAAUGCAAAUGCUUCUGUCCCUGGUGGUGAUUACAGCUUUGCCAUUUCUCUUCGCGUACCGCCCACUUCAUAUCCCCGUCCAAGGGAUUUUUCUCCUCUUUUCCGUUUCGCUUCUGAAUCUCUCCAGUGA